GUUCGUGAACGGCGCCUUGUUUUUAAAUUGGAGAUUUUAUUGGUUUUUUGAAUUUUUAUAAUUUUUCUUCAAUUUAUACUUUUUAGACUAAAGAUAUGGCACUUUAUAUAAAAAGAAAUUUAUCUUUCUGCGGCCAAAACAAUAGUGAAUCUUUUAUGUAGGAGUGACUUAAACUGUAUUUGAAAUAAAAAUGUCACCAUUAAUUGGAACCAAUAUGUAUUUUUGUUCCUUAAAUUUUGGAAGGACUACUUGUGCCUCCAGAUCUCUAUUCCGUUUAAUUCCUCUACCCAAAACAAGCAUUUCAUUACUUACCUUGGAUAAUCGAAAAAAUCUUUCUAAAAGGAAGCCUUCUAAAGAAAGAUUUUCUAUUAAUAAUAAACCUAAUGGAAAACUAUUUACACGUAAUGAAAUAACAAAAAGAGGAAAAAUAAUCUUAGAAAAUAUAGGCGCUGCCAGGUCUUCAAUUAAAGAAAAGAUGGAUGCUAUAGUAGAGAAAGAAAAUAUAUGGACAAUACCUAAUAUCCUUUGUUGUGCUCGUAUUAUUGCAUCACCGUAUUUAGGUUACUUGAUUUACCAUGAGGAAUUUAAUACGGCUUUUGUUAUUAUGUUGCUCGCUGGUUUAACAGAUUUGUUAGAUGGUUUAAUUGCCAGGAAUUUCGCAUCUCAAGCCUCUAAAUUAGGCUCAUUUUUAGAUCCAAUGGCUGAUAAGAUAUUAAUAUCUUCACUCUGUAUUUCACUAACUUGUGUGGAUUUGAUGCCUGUAUUCCUAACUGGACUGAUUUUAAGUAGGGAUGUUGCCUUAGCUUCUGCAGGUUUCUAUAUACGCUACAAGUCGCUUCCACCUCCUAAAACACUUGUUCGCUAUUUCGAUGCUACCCAUGCUACUGCUAAACUUGCUCCUACUGGGAUUAGUAAGUUUAAUACUACUGUUCAGUUGGGUGCUGUUGGCAUUGGAUUAAUGUCACCAGUAUUUGGAUUUCUAGGUCAUCCCCAUCUUGACUAUCUUUGGUACUUUACAGCUACCACUACUAUAGUAUCAGCAUUAAGUUAUGUUUUUACCAAAGAUACUUAUAAAAUAUUAAAGAAACAAAAAUAGUUAUUUGUAAACAAUUAACUAAAAAAAUACCAAAAGAAUAACUAUUAAAAAAGUCAUGAUAUUAUAUUUAAAUUUAAAGAUGCAAAAUUUCAAAUUGAAAUAUAUUUUUUGUACUUCUAGUCUAAAGUGGGAGUCUAAAUAUUUUUUAUUACAAACUUAGAUGUCACAAUUAAAAAAUAU